CCAUGAUUCCUGGCAUUAUUUUGUAGUUUAUGAAACACUGAUACGGGUUCCUGAUUGAACUAGGAAUUAUUGAAUUGCGUAUUUGGAAAGUCGACCCUAAAAAAUGAAUAGAAAUUGAAAGUAGAGAUUAGUAAUAACACACAUCGUGAGAGCAGACGACGUUUGUUGACACGACAAUAAUAGCUUCACCCUUACCAUGUGUGUUAAACAAGGAAAUAAAUUGUACCGGUAUACUCUUAAUUAUGAAUGGUAAAUGUUUUGGUUAGGAGAGCUUGCCAAAACAGGAUGGAUUUGUUGUUUGCUAUUUCAAUAUCAUUUCAUUCAGCAUUUCAUUUACCAUGAGUUACUAAUACUAUUAUUAGUAAUAUAGCGUUAUAGUGUGGUAGGAAAUAGACGUAGAAAUGUAGAAAUAGUAUACAAAUGAAGAGGGGACAUAUUCUUAACCAAGCAGUGCCCCAAAGAUUGGGUCUAUUUUAUUCUUGUUACACCAUACAAUAAACUGAAUAUAUAGUAACCGGUACCCAUAUUUAAAACAAGCAAACUUCAACCGUCUUCAUUGUAUAGUAGAGUAGUGUUAUUCUGUUUCAGGACAAAGUGAAUGAAAUUAUUUCUAAACUGAAUAUAAUUGUCUCCAGAAAUGGCUACUUUAAGAAUACCAUGCUGUAACUUCCAUAAAAAACUUAGUAAUACAUUAAUAACAUUACUGCCAGGGAUCUGUGGAAAUAUUACUCAGAGGAGAGCUUUCAAUAUAUUUAGGACAGAGAUAGACCGUGCCAGUAAUAUAAGAGAUCUUGCCUUUCUUAGUUAUAAUAACUGUACCAGUGUACAAGAUUGUAAAGUAUUUGCAUCAUCACCAGUAAGAAGUGUUCAUGAUGAAAAGCCAAAAUCUACUAAUUACACAAAGCGAAAUUUACCCCACACACCUGUUAUGUUGGAUCAGGUUUUGAAGUUACUAAAUCCAUUACCUGGACAGACUUUUCUUGAUAUGACAUUUGGUGCUGGAGGUCAUUCAAGUGAAGUUUUAGCCGUCUCCCCAAAUACAAGAGUUCUUGCCCUUGAUAGAGAUCCAACUGCUUACCAUUAUGCCUUGGAGUUACAAGAAAAAUACAGCAAUGAUCAACUGAUACCAUUGUUAGGACGUUUUUCUGAGCUUGAAUGGCUGUUGACAAGGAAAGGUAUUAAAGCAGGUAGUUUAGAUAGUGUUUUGUUUGAUGUCGGUGUCUCAUCUAUGCAGUUUGAUAGACCUGAUAGAGGAUUUGCUCUCAGUAAAGAUGGACCAUUAGACAUGAGAAUGGAUGGAAACAGAUUACCAGAUCAGCCAUCAGCAUCCGAUGUCAUCAAUAUGAUGAGUGAACCAGAGUUAUACCAUAUAAUAAAAAAAUACGGUGAAGAACGUCUGGCCAGGAAAAUAGCUAAUAUUAUUGUGGAGUCUCGCUAUGCUUUUGGUAAAAUUACGACAACCAAACAGUUGGCCAAUAUUAUCAGCAGUGUCUUUACUGGAGAUCACAGAAAAGAUAAACUGAUGCGGCAUUCCCACGUUGCCACAAAAACAUUUCAAGCUCUACGAAUAUUCGUUAACAACGAAUUAAAUGAAUUAAACAAUGGGAUAGAAAUAGUUCACAAAUUUCUCAAACCAGGUGGCGUGUGUGUUGUUUUAACUUUCCAUUCAUUGGAGGAUCGAAUAGUCAAAAGACAUUUUCACGGAAUUUCAUUGGACGACAAACCAAAUAUGUCCAUAAAAGACCAUUUCCGUAACUCUCAUUACAUUCAUUCAAAAGAGGAAGUGGAAAAGGUUAUGCAGAAACGUUGGCAGCCAUUAUCAAAGAAAUUGAUGGCACCGAGGUAUAUUGAUUGUCUAGAGAAUCCAAGGGCAAGAUCAGCCAAAUUACGUGCAGCCUUUAAAUUAGAUGAUAAGAAAGAGACUUGAUGUGUGUUCUAUUGUAGACUUGAUUAGCAGGGGUGUUGUGAUCCAAAUGUUUGUGGUAUAUUAUAGUGGUGGGGAUGUUUUCAGAAUUAAAAGAGUAUAGUUUCUGAUCUAGUUUUAAACAUGUAGUCAUUUGUUGUAGACAUGCAUGUAAAUCAACUACAUUUGUCUUUAAAAAAAAAACCACACAACGCAAUUUAUAUGGAAAACAGUUAAUAGUUUGUACACAUAUAGCACAAUGUUUUGACAAGUAUUCUCUUAUCGUUUUUAAGUACAAAACGUUCUAUAUGUGUAUAAAUCAGUGAUUGUUUUUCAUAUAAAUUGUGUUUUUUUAUUGUACUCUAUCGUUAAAUGCCACUCAAGGAUCUGUAGGGGAUGCCAAAGGUUGACAAAUUUUCACAAUGGUGUAGCUUGCAAGGGAUUCCUCAAUCUCUCAAAUGGCAUUUACCACUGAUUUUAAAUUUAUUAAGAAGUUUGCAAAUCUAUAAACUGAAUA